AUGUAUACGCUGAUGGAGAUUCAGAUGUUGAGACAUCAGUCGCUAAAAAUUUGUCUGACAUUGCUGAAGAAGAGUAGAGAUGACAAAAUAAAACUUGAUGAAACCCACUCUUCUACGUCAUUCCGGUUGUGUGUAGAUGAGAAGUAUGCGGAAAUAGUUGAAAGAUCAAGUUCUUGGCCUGAUUAUGUUCAGGUUAUGAAUUGGGUUUUCAAUAACAACAGCAAAAGUGGCAGAACCAGAAAUGCCGAUGUCAAUACGACAUUUUCCCCAAGAUCGGGGGUUGCCGUUUGGCUACCUAUGAUGAAACCGAAAUACCCCUCGACGCCAUUCCAUCAUAAGAUAGGAGGCGAACGUCUAAGGCGCGGGCGAAAUGUCUUGAGGGCGAAAGUGACGGGAAAAGAAACAUUCAACAAUGAAAUUGAGGUGAAACAAGUCAACAGCUUCAAUUAUCUCGGAGGUCUGAUUACUUCAGGUUGUAAAUGUGAUAUGAAUAUCAAAGGAAGGAUAGCUAUGGGGAAGGAUGCAUAUUCUAAAAUGAAAAGCAUCCUCACCAACAGUAAAAUCAGAAUAUCAACAAAAUUAAAACUGCAAACAGUUAACAUUCCAUACUUGGAUUUAUUAAUUAGCUCACUGGAAAAUCAAUAUUCUGAAACUGAAUCCAAUAGUGCACAAGUUAGCUUGGCCUUGCUGCAUCCUUUUAAAUUGUGCAAACUGACUGAAUCAUCAAGACUUUAUUUUAUUGACAAACUUUUUCUAAUCAACCAAGUCUACAACCUUGAUAACUUUGAAACAAAAGCCUUGAAAAAUAACGAGAAACCUUUGUUAGUGAAAUCUCACGGUUUGCCACUAACCAGAGCAUUACUUGAUGUUAACACGGAAAUACUUGAACGUGAAUCGCACCCAGUUCGCCUCAAAAUUAAAGAAGCUUUAUACAUCUACAAGAAUAAACCCGCUAUGAAUAAACAAUUUAACACAUUUGAUCAUAGCCUACAUCUUUACUCCCAGUAUAGACAUGAUAGUCAACAACGUGCCAUUCAUACCAAUAUCAUAGAACCACCAAUGUUGCGCCACUUCGAAUACGAGCCAAUGCCAAAAGAAGCGAUACUGUUUAAUGGUGAACAUGUUACCACUCGUCAUAGGACUAAUGUUUCCGUAUCGCUGAAAAUUUGUCAGCCUGCACCCUUGCCCCCCUUCCAAAAAUUUUCUGUGGGCGCCUAUGACAGAAGCCACAUCAUUUUUCAUAGACCUAGUAUAAACUUAACGGCGUUUCAGCACGAUGCGGCUAUUAUGCGGCUUGGAUCAUUAGAAACUGAUUAUUUUGAUGUGACAUCUAGAGGAUCCAAAAAUGUGUGA